AUGCAAGCAGCAGUUACCCUGGCCUACACGAUGGAGUCCGCUCAGGAUGCUGGACAAGGUUUCACCGACUGGUUGAACGCACCUUCCACUCAAGCCAUUGAUGGCGCUUGUGGCAACAAGUACACUUCUGAAGAGGGACAGCGAGUGUUCGAAGCGUUUUGGACUGCUGCCAGUGCUGUAGGUCCCGCAAAAAUCUUCGCAAAUGCUGCACGAAACUUUCCGCCAUCCUGGGCGAAGGGCUCAGGAGCCUCGAAAGAUCUUACUGACUACCUAUCUGGGCUUGUUCCGGGAAAAGGUAAAGGCGGCAAGGACGACAGGCCAGAACGUCCAAGUCCUUCUCCCUCCGCGCCCAGCAAGCCCACGGACCAGACCAAGUCCGCUGAAUCAUCACAAAGCCCAAAGCAAUGCACAAAGAAGCACGAUAAACGUGCACCGAAAGGUCUGUACGCACCGCAGAGUACCAUGAAAAGUUGCUAUAACCAGUAUGUGUUCCGAGGGACGACCAAAGAAAAGCCUAAUUGCCAGGCGGACGAGUGGCCCCCUGCGUAUUUCCUGCCUUCGGAUGAUCAAGAGAGGCAAAAGAAAGAAUGGGGCCAGUACAUUCGCUGGCUCCCCGGCUCAGAGAAUCAAGGAGUGCCAAGCAUCUGGGUCAGUUUCUGCGAUCAAGAAGACGGAGGAGACUACAAUGGCCAGAGAGUUCGGAAGCGGCAGACUUUGAAGGGUAAAAAGUUGGAGGAUGACGACUCAUACAACCAGGUGUCGCUCAACAGCAGAUUAUUGGACCUCAAGACGCCAGUGACUCGGAAAGUCAAGGGCAGUGAUGGCACAGUAACCGAAUAUUCCACAUGGAAGGACGUCCCAUUCACCCGAGCGCUGUAUGAGAUCGCGUUCGACUGGACUGGCGUCGAUAAACCCGCACCAGAAAACGAUUGGAAUCUGAAGCAAAAUCCUUGCUGGCCAAAAGAUAUAGCUCCCCUCGACCCUGGUUACGCAAUACUCACUGAUGACCCUUGGUACAAAACGGCCGCGAUGCCGAACGAGUACAAAAAAUCAGUCACAGAGGGCUCAUUGUACGCUGAUGCACCACCGAAAUCCAUGCAUGAAGCAGCUAAGAAAGCACGUCCUGAUGUCGAAAAGGGCCGGCCUGCCCCCGAGCGCACUGGUUCCGAGCAGGCUGGGGACCCAGAACCUCCGGCGAAGGCACCAAAACCACCUCAGAAGCGCCUCGAGCUCAUUGAUGAUCGCAUCAUGCUGCGAGAUGACUUGUUGAACACAACAAGACCUUUGACCGAGGAAGAACUACGCCACGACGUUGAGAUCAUACAGUGCGCAGAUCGUCAUUGCCGAAAAGAACGCAAAGAACUUGGAGAAGACGAUCACAGUAUCGUUGUUCCUGGAACUGGUCCCCCGACUGUGCCACCCGCUAAUCCUGCCGUCCCGACUCCGGUGUCCGGCGCUGAGAUUUCCCCUGCUCUGUUCCGACGGACCUCUCUUGACGAAGACAUCCCUUUCGAGACUGGCAUCGCCCGCAUGGGUUGA